GGCGGCGUCCUGCCGAAGUGGGAACUGGCGGGCAACUACACCGGCACGAUGAUCGGCUACCACGCCGUCCCGGUGAUCGUCGACGCCUACGUGAAAGGGCGUCGCGACUUCGAUGUCGAGAAGGCUUAUCAGGCUGUCGUCGCUUCGGCGCACUACGACCGUGACGUGGCCCCGCAGGCGUCUGACGCGGUACGCACGGCGCUCGUCCCGGCCGCCAAGAGAUUCAAUGACGAGCUCGGCUUCAUCCCCAGCGACCAAGAGAACGAGUCGGUCUCCCAGGCCCUCGAGUUCGCCUACAACGACUGGUGCAUCGCCCAGUUCGCGACGGCGCUCGGCAAAUCGGACGACGCCGAGAAGUACUUCGAGCGGGCUCGUCGCUACCGCCAGUACUUUGACACCGAGACCGGCUUCAUGCGUGGAAUCAGCACCAACCGCUCGUGGUCCACGCCCUUCAAUCCGAGAUUCUCCGAACACCGCCGCGACAACUACACCGAAGGCAACGCCUGGCAGUGGACUUGGUUCGCGCCGCACGACGUGCCGGGGCUGGUUGAUCUCAUGGGAGGUCCGACGCCGUUUAUCAAGAAGCUCGACCAGCUCUUCACCGAAGACUCGACGAUCGAUGGCGCCAACAGCUCCGUCGAUAUCUCCGGACUCAUCGGGCAGUACGCCCAUGGCAACGAGCCGAGCCACCACAUUGCCUACCUCUACAACUAUGUCGGCCAGCCGUGGAAGACGCAGCGGCUGGUGGAUCAGAUCCUGACGACGCUCUACCACAACGACCCCGACGGGCUCUCCGGCAACGAAGACUGCGGCCAGAUGUCGGCGUGGUACUUGCUCAAUGCGAUGGGCUUCUAUCAAGUUUCACCGGGUGACCCGACUUACUCGAUCGGCCGGCCCUUGUUCGAUGAAGUCACGAUCCAACAAGAGAAUGGCAAGACCUUCACCCUCCGCGCCAUCAACAAUUCGCCGGAGAACCGUUACGUCCAAUCGGUGAAGCUAAACGGCGACGGCCUAUCCGCCCCGUUUUUCAGACACGCUGCGAUCGUGGAAGGCGGCGUCCUGGAGCUCGAAAUGGGACCCUGGCCAGAGAAACGGCAUCUGGCGGCGAAGGCAGGCGCCGGCGCGACGGACGGGCCGUUGCGUGACGAAAAGCCGCAACUCGGAGGCAACGAUUAG